GUUGGUUCUCUGGGUCUGUCGACACCGAGAAGUGCUUCAACGUCCACUAGCCGGGGCCCGAGCUCUGCUAACACUCUCUUUAAAGCGGGGUUUAGGAGACUUCUCCGGUUUAUGAAUGGUCAUGGUAGCAAGGACUGCUUAGGGGGGGCCCUUAGGGGCGGCGGCCAAAUCCUUCUUCUGUUUGGAACAUUGUGGAACGAAAGACCAAGGGUGGCAUUGUACUACGAAACAGACUCUGUAAAGGGGAUUCCUCAGAUUCUGGCUUAUUUCACAAGUUGGGGCGCCCCCUGCACCAGCCCGGGCUUUAGCCCCCCACUACUAAAGAGGCUCUCUCUCGAACGCUGGAGUGUAGUUUAUCAAAUGGUCCUCAAUAAGGAACAGCUUAGCAUAGAAGCCUUAAAAUCCAGCAUAAGAAAAUCAACGUUCACCCUUUCAACGUCGAUGGGUUCAACUCUGACCCUUCUGAUAACCCUAAGUCUUGACGUUGAUACUCGAGCUUACUUCACGGCCGCGACUAUGAUUAUAGCAGUUCCCACUGGCAUCAAGAUAUUCUCUUGGAUAGCUACUCUUUAUGGAGGGUCUAUUCGUUUCACUACUCCUAUGCUGUUUGCUCUUGGAUUCAUCUUCCUCUUUACCAUCGGUGGGCUAACUGGUAUAGUGCUUGCUAACGCAUCAUUGGAUAUCGCCUUGCACGAUA